CGCGACGGGCCGCAGUCGGCCGGCGUGGCUCGCGGUGAUAGGGUGGUGUUUUUGCGUCGUUCGCUCGCACGCAUCGCAAGUCGAAUUUUCAUUCGCGCUUGUGCUUCCGUGCGGCCACGAUCAAUUCCGUGAAAGUGCAUCGUGCCGAGCAUCGCGUCGUGCGAUGUUCUCCGGCGGAGCGCGCGUCUGACACGCAACGGCCACGCACACAAACGCACACUUACCUUGCAGAUCGCAGGCGGCGUGUGCAGGCAAGCUGAGUUAUGACGAGAGCGAGGUGAGCGAGGCGUCCCCCGCAAUAUUUCGUCAUUCCGCCGGUGGCAAGGAUCGAAGCACGCGCGGCGAAUCAUGUCGACGAGGAGCAGACGGCCCAGCAUCUCGAUCUACGAUUACCCGGAACACCUGAAUCCCUUCAACGACGACAUCGCGAGCUCGCAGCCGCCGGUGUACCGCGAGGGGGGUAAGACGCCCAAGGAGUCCAAGCACAAAUUCUGGACGUUCGGCAGAAGCCGCAAGAAGCGCUCCCACAGCUUCUCCAUCAAGUCUACUUGGAAUGGACUGUUCGGAAAACGCAAGGAAGCUGUGGAACCGGCCGAAAAGAGGUCGACGAUCACAACAGUCUCGACGACGUACAAGAGAGAGCCUUGUGACAGACCGAUAGCACCUGCACGCCUGUCCAAGGACCAACAAGAGUUCGACGAGGCGCUGGGCACCUUGGCGAGGAGGAGGAAAUACACGCUGGACAACAAUGCCUCGAGAUACAACUCGAGUCUGACUGUGAACGGCGAUCCCGCUAGGAUCUACGAUGGAAGUCCUCAGGACACCACGACGUCCAUCAUGGGUGAUCUCACCCCGAAGCCACCGGCCAGAAAGUUCGGACAGGUGAGCCCGAGACCGACGGACAAGAUACCACCGUUGAAUUUCGAGAACAAAGAGCUCAAAGAGAACGGAAACGUCUCAAGCCCUAGCGACAAGGCGGAAGGAACGCCAAUACCACCCUUGCGAAGGUUCGGCAAUCGAUCGUCGCAAAGGCUGAACGGAGGUACGUCGGACUUGGACGAGGAGGCUAGUCGAUCAGGCGACGUGACUCUCAGGGACGAAAAUGAGAACGUUCCCGAGGAUUACGUCUUCAAGAGAUUCAGCCAAGACGCCGUGAGAAGAUCCAAUCUGUCCAUCAAUAGUUGCGUAUCCGUUACCAGUACGGCGAGCACGUACGGACGCAAGAAACGAAGAGCGCCACAACCGCCGCAACGGAGGGAGCAGUUGGAAACUCCUCAGGAGAACGAUGUACGAGCCGUAGCCGAGGCCACCAAUGUCCAACUGCAAAUAGUCGAGCCUAUCGAUAUCGCUAGAGUGACUGAAAAUCUUGACGAGUUGACGAAGAAGAACUGCGAACCGCAGGAAGAUAAACCAGCGCGAGAAAACGCAUUGCGAGAAGAAGAGGAGCAGACGGAGUUAUGCCCAAAGAUUACCGUGAGCACAUCGCCCGACGGCAUCGCGGACAGCGACGACGUCGCUGACGACGUGAAAGAAAAAGACGAUUCCUCGGGAAAGAAAAUUGUACAGAGUGCCGCCGAUAAAGCGCCCGAGGAAGUAGAACCCGAGACGAAAGCGGAGGAGAAAACGAACGAGCCGGCGGCCGAAGAAGAUCUCGCCGAGCAGAGAGACGAUUCUGUCGACGUGGAGUAUCAAAGAACGUCGCAGGAGAAGAUCGAGAUCAUCAAAGAUACAAGUGAAGAGGAGGUCUGCCUCAGGAGGGGAGGUUCGUCCGGUACGCUGUCCCGCAGCGACAGCUUCUCUGUGAAAGAGGAGAUCGAGAAGAUCGAGAAGCAGAUCAAGGCUCUGGAGAGCAAGAACGCGUGGAAGGAACAGGAGCAAGCGGAGGAUGAGGCGCUUACGAGUCCUAGACUGUCUAUCCAGGCGAAUCGACGGCACUUCUUCGAGAACAUGGUAUCGAACGGGCAACAAUCCGGCGUCAAAAUAGAGUUUAAGGAGCUACCUCGCGAGCAGAAGGACAUUCACGUGGUCAGAUUGACGGACGCGCCGCAGCCGGUUGCGGCACCCCGGGAGCCGGUCAAGGUGAUCGAGCUGCACAUCUCUGAGCCGAUCAGGCAAAAGCCCGAGCUGCUGAACGAGGUGAACCCAAUCCCGAAGCCCAGGCGGCACAGCGCGCUCAGUCUGAACGACGUGUCAGAGUCCAGACGCUCGAACGAAAACAACGGAAGCCCGCAGGAGGACAAGAGAGGGAAAUCUUUUUGAGAAGAGAAACAAACAUUGUACAAGAUCUGUCCACGACGGAACUCCUGGUGCAGUCUCGACUUCUACGCAUGCAUCGAAGGCAUAAUAUCCGCGUUUAUUAGCUGAACCCGGAUGCGACUCAGAGAAUUCGACGGUGUCGCAUAGACGAAUUACCUAUAUGAUGUAUAAUACACGCUGUACUCUGUAUUACCUUCUCUCGACGCGUGACGUUUGCUCGCUAAAUCGCAACAGUUUCGCACUAAUGACGCCUCGUAUGUCACUCCGACGAUGGAAUUCGCGACGGAAUUCUAGCAUUUUCUUCUUGACGCGCCGCACGAUCGCACAUGGUGACUUUUGUUCCUAACAUCGUGGACCUUUCACCGCAAUGCUUAGAUGUAAUUUUCGUUAUUAUUUAUUGAUACAAGAAAUAAAGUCGAAGCUAUCGUA